AUAAUUCAGAAGAAGAAGAAAUAUUUUUGGUUUAGCCAGGCCUCCGUCGAUACUCAACGCUUUGUGGUAGGAGAAUACAACUGUUUUUCACGUAUAUUCACCAUUAAGGAGUUACGGUUGCCAUUUCCCCAACCAAAUUGUCAGAGAGCCAUGUCGACCGAUGCCUUAAAGAAGCGAAAGUCGAAGGUUCUCCGCGGUGAAGGAGGGAACCCAGAGACGAAGCGAGGCCGAGGGGAGGUAGACCAGGAUGUGCGUUUCUAUAACGAGGAGGGGGAGCUGGACGGCCGGGACCCCCAGCAGGACUUCCUGCAGUACAAAGAAUCAUGUGAGAGUUUGGUCACAAUCAUGAGUGAGAUCCAGGAGCUGAAAGCCAGUGGAGCCAAGGAAGGGAAUGUAGAGGUGGAGCUGAGACGUAUGCAGGGCUGCAUCCACUUCAUGAACAUGAAAAAACUGAACCGCCUGGCUCACAUGCGACUAAAAAGAGGAAGAGACCAGACACAUGAGGCAAAGCAAAAGGUCGAUGUGCUUCAUCUUCAGUUGCAGAACCUGCUCUAUGAAGUUAUGCAUCUUCAGAAGGAGAUCAGCAAGUGUCUUGAGUUCAAAUCCAAGCAUGAAGAAAUUGACUUGGUGAGCGAAGAGGAGUUCUAUCAGGAUGCUCCGCAGGAGAUUUCCAGGCCUAACCUAACGAAAAAUGAUCCCCACCAGCUCACCCUGGCAAGACUGGACUGGGAGCUGGAACAGAGGAAGAGGUUGGCGGAGAAAUACAAGGACUCACAAGCGACAAAGGAGAAAAUUCAGAAGAGCAUCGAAGUGAAGAAGGAGCACCUGAGAAGCCUUCAGCCUGGACUAAACGCCAUCAUGCAGGCGUCUCUCCCAGUGCAGGACUACCUGUCCAUGCCGUUUGAAAAGACCCAGAAGCAGGCAGAGAUUGCCCGCCACCUUCCUCCACCACUCUAUGUACUGUUUGUUCAAGCGAAUGCUUAUGGCCAGGCCUGUGACAAGAACCUGAAUGUGUCGAUCAGUGGUGACGUGGACGAGGCCAGGGCUCUUUCCAAACCCCCUGAUGAUUCCCAAGAUGACGAGAGUGAUUCUGAUGCGGAGGAAGAGCAGGAGAAAACGAAGAGAAGGAGGCCGACAACAGGGGGACAGCUGGACGACAAAAGACGAGAGAUGCUUAAAAGGCACCCUCUGUCUCUCAGUUUGGACCUUCAGUGUAAAGAUGGCAGCAAUCUCCAUCUCUACUUCUUCUACCUGAUGAAUCUGAAUAUUUUAACUGUGAAGACCAAAGUCUCCACCUCCACAGACCUCAACACGGCCAUCAGUGCUGGAGAGCUUCUUAAAUCCGACACUCUCCUCAGCUGUCUCUACACCAGUGACCAAGGAAGGGAAACUCCCAAUCCAGCUAAUCGCUACCAGUUUGAUAAAGUUGGGAUUGUUUCCUUUUCUGAUUAUUUGGAGGAGCUAGGAUAUCCCUACAUGUGGGUUCAGAAUCUGGGAGGACUUCAUUUUCCUGUUGAAGCAUCAGAGGGUGUACUGGUGGGCAGUUCUCUGAGCGCCAGCCACAUGGAGAGCACCAUGAAGCUGCUGAGGGGGCGAGUCCAGUCCCGCUUGGCUCUGCACAAACAGUUUGCUUCUUUAGAGCACAGCAUCGUCCCAAUCUCCAGUGAGUGUCAGCACCUCUUUCCUGCCAAGGUCAUCUCCCGCUUGGCUCGGUGGACCACCAUCAGUCAACAGGAGUACAUGGAACUCCCAUACACUCAUCAUGUAACUGAAGCUGGACUGGCCAGGGAGACAGACCUGUACUUUAUGGCAGUUGUCGAAAGGGGCACAGCUCGUCUCCAUGCUGCCGUGGUCCUGAGUCCCCGCUAUCCAGAGAUCUCUCCUCUGUUCACCCUGUCUCUCAACUGGAAGGGAGAGUGCACUGGACGCACAGAUGACAACCUCAGAGCCAUGGAGAGUGAAGUGAAUGUGUUCAAAAAUGAGCUACAGGGUCCAAAGCCGGGACAUCAGCUUCUGACCAAUCAGAUUGUACGUCUGUGUGUCUGCUUGGAUGUGUAUUUGGAGACAGAAAUGCAAGAUGACAGUGUGGAGGGACCUCGUGAGUUCCCACAAGAAAAGAUGUGUCUGCGUACUGUCAGGGGUCCAAACCGACUGAAGCCGUUCAAGUAUAACCACCCUCAGGGCUUCUUCAGUCACCGUUAAACCUGCAUUUAUAUUUGUCCUCCUAAGAUCGUCUUUGUACCUUUUUGCAACACAAGGUCCCUUUUUAAACAGUUUGGAAAUAAAAACUCAUAUCAUCUUUAAUCAUCAUGGAUCUGGUUUAUGUAGGAGCCUGGUGCACGCAGGCUCUGUUUCUCACAACAUAAUUUUCCAUUUAAUCCCUUUGUUGUCCUCCAUUCUCCAACCUUUGUCUGUCCUACUCUAUUUAUAGGUUUGUGAGAACAAGCUGAUUAUUAUUCCAUUGUGGUUCAGUGGAGCAGUAAGCUGAGUCAUUUCCACAGAGAGAAAUAGCCACAGAAUGCAACAUUUAGCAUUUCGUGUGGAGUUGGCCUUUGACCUCUUUUAUUGUCCUGGCUUUAAUAGUAGUAAACGUUAUUUUUUUGUUCUUGUGGGCAGAGAAGAUUGUCUCUUAUAACAAGCCUUCUGGUGAAGAUUAUCACUGCUGACCUCAGUUUGAUGAUUUUCAUCCACACAUGUAAACUGUUCUGCAGACAGUUUAAUACUUAUUCUCUGUAGAGCAAAAAAUGUGCACUCAAGAUAAAAUUGGUUUCAAUGCUUCAAAUUUCAAUGUUUUUUUUGUUUGUUUUUGUUUUAGAUGUGACAGUUGAGCACAAAGUAGUGUUACUUUUUUGUUAUUUUUAAGUGGAAGGGAAGGACAUAUUGGUUACAAAUAAGAUCUGAAAAGUGUGGCAUGCAUUUAUUUAUGGCCUCUCUGAAGCAAUACUUUGUAGAACCACUUUUCACAUCAAUUACAGUUUUUGAAGCAUGUUCUCAGUUUGCACAGCUUAGGACUGAUUUUUUUUUUUUUUUUUACCAUUCCUCUUUACAAAUAUAUCUGAGGGUUGGAAUGGAUGGAGAGCAUCUGUGGACAUCCGUUUUCAAGUCUUGCCACAGAUUUUCAAUGGGGUCUGGGCUUUGAGUGGGCCAUUCUAACAUGAAUAUGAUUUGAUCUCUGGCUGUACAGUGUUGUGCUGCUGGAAGGUGAACCUCAGUAUUUUGCAGCCCCUAACAGGUUUUCUUCCAGGAAAAGCCACGUAUUUACCUUCAUCAAUCUUACCAUAAACUGAGCACCUCUCCUGUCCAUGAUAAAGAAAAGCUCUAUUAAUACUGAAUUCGAAUUACACACAGGUAGACGACCGAUUAGGUGACUUAUGAAGGCACUUGGUUGUCCUGGAUUUUAUUUAAGGGCAUUAGAAAAAAGUGGGCUUGUUACAUAUGAACGGCACCUGUAUGCAGGGUAAAAAAGAUGGGUGAGACAAUGAUCAGCUCAGAAAGACAAAGAAUCCUCAUCUCUUACUCUUCUGCCCUCUGGGAAGAGAUACAGAAACAACGUCAAGAACAAAGACGCUGGAGAACAGCUUUAAUAACCCUUGGGUCAUCAGGCUUUCCGAAGGAACUUGCUAUAUGCAAAUUUAGCUAAAAAAAUAUUCUACCUUGUCUUUGAACUGUUUUAAGUUAGGAAAGAAUGCUUUUGCUCAUUUUUAAUUUGCUGUUUCUUUUGGUGUUUUGUCCUCUUGUGUGUUUAACAGUAUAAUAGUUUAUAUAUGAUCUGCAAUGCCAAUAAAGGCUUUAUGAUCGUGGUUUUA